AACUUUCAAAAGUGCAAUCAAUCUGUAUAAUCUCGAUCAUUACCAGAAAAUAUCAAUGGCAGAACAACUUUUAGAUUCGGCAGGACAAAUUAUUGAUUGGAUUCUUCCGAUUUCGGCUGAAUUGGAAGUGGAUGUUCGAACUGCAGAACAAGCUGCACAACUUCAGCGAUCAAACAGCUCCUCUUCAGGUGAGGAAGAAAUAGGGGAAGAUGGAGAAAAGAAGAAGAAAAAGAAGGACAAAAAGAAGAGUGAUGAAAAAAAACCAACUGAAGAGGCUGAAGAGAAGAAAGGGAAACUUCCACGCGUCAAGAAGGUGGAGGUGGUGGUUUCACCUCCACCAACUCCGGCAGCAGCAGCUGAGGGCGCCUCCACUCAGGGGGCUGACGACAAGGAGAAGAAAGGUUGAUGAGAAGGAGAAGGAAGCCGUUGCAACAAAAUAAUUAAGAUAUUAUCCCUAGUAUACUAUUAUUUCGAAUAAGUUGCAACUAAAUAGCAAUUAAGAUACUACUGCUUCGAAUAAGUAUGUUACUGGUGUAAAAUAUGUUACGAACACUGCAUGUGUAUUGAUA